UCUCGUUCGCUUGCUGUAGGAUUUUGUAUCCCUGCAGGAUAACAGUUGUCUUUGUGAAAGUACUGCGUUCCUUCUAGGCAUGCCUGGAAGAGGAAGGGAAUGCCCGUGUCCUCGUGCGAGCCUCCUGCAGCACCACCCGAGGCCGGGCCAGGUGCCGGCUGCCCGGAGGAGGCCGGGGAAGGCGGCAGUGCGGGGGGCGAGGCGUCGCCUCACGGCCCAGGCCCGCAUCCCAGCCCGCAGCAGCCCGGUUCUGCCGAGCUGCCCGGUUCGGGUAGCAACGGCACCGCCGGGCCUUUCUGCGCGGCUGCUGCAGCGUCACGCGGGCUGAACAAGUUGGUGCGCUCCCAAAAUGUCUCCUCCCUGGAUGGACGCCGUGAUUCCAGCAGGCUUUAUUACUUCCUAGCCACGCUAGGCUCUUUGCGCGCUGUUUCGACUACCAUCCCGUGCCCUGCCCCCAUCUCCUCGAAGGCACGGGCUGACCGCCGCCGCCCGCCUUCCCCAGGGGGAUGCCUCCGCCUGCGGACCGCCGCAGCGCCUCUAAGGAGCGGCUCCUCCGCACUGCAGAGCUCCGCACCGUGCCCAGCGGGUGAGAAAGCACGUAACGGCCGCCGGAGCCCGGCCUGGGGCCUGCGGCUGCCCGCCAUGAGCUGCGCCCUGCGCCCCGCGGCCCGCCACGGCCGAGCAGGAGGGGCACGGACCGCGCCCCGCGCCGAACUUCACCCGACUUCGCCAUCCCGCCCCGCCUUCGCACUGCAUAUUCAUGAGGCGGCCGCACCUGAUUGGCGGAACCGCGCCCCCGCUGCGUCCCGUUGGCCCGCGCGGCCGCCGCUCACUCAAGCCCCGCCUCCUUCCCCCGGCCGUGACUCACCAGGGCGUGGAACCGGUCCCGCAGCGCAGCCCGCGCCCUCCCCCCGCAGCCGGCAGAGGCGCAGCCCCGGCGCCGCGCUCAUUGUUCCGCCCGCUCCAGGCACCAUGGACGAGCUGGACCAGUCGCCCCUGGUCUCCUCCUCCUCCUCCGGGCCCCCGCGGCCGCAGCAGCCUCAGUUUAACUACCAGUUCGUGCUGGACGACGAGAAGGAGGAAGACGAGGAGGAAGAAGAAGAAGAAGAGGAAGACGAGGACUUCGACGAGCAGCUGGAGGUGAUGGAGAGGAAGCCCGUGGCGGCCCCGCAGGAGCGGCCCUCGCCGCCGCAGGACCUCGGCAGCCCCGCCGAGCCGCCCCGCCCCGCCGCGCCCGAGCCCGAGCCGCCGCAGCCCGCCCGGUGCCCGCCGCAGCCCGCCGCCUCCUCGUCCUCGUCCGCCGCCAGCACGCCGUCCCCCGGCCCCGAGCGGCCCCAGCCGGAGCCUCGCAGAAGAGGGUCCUCCUCCGGCUCGGCGGAUGAGACCCUUUUUGCUCUUCCUGCUACAUCUGCGCCUCUGAUGCACUCCUCUGCAGAAAAAGUUGUGGACUUGCAAGAGCAGCCAGGUAGCACUAAGUCACUUGGUCAAGAGGAUUUUUCUGCAGUCCCGCUUGAUACUGCUGCUUCUCUUCUCUCCUUCUCUCCUCUCUCAGCUGAUCCCUUUAAAGAGCACACAGCCUUUGAUUCACUCUCAGAUGGAUUACCUGCAAGAGGCAUUUACAAAGAAAGUGCAAGUGAGGUUUGUAAAGAAACAAUGGAAAAUGUAAGAAAUCCAUUCCUUGCAGAGGGAAAUAAGAGAGACAUUUCCGAGAUGAAAUACUCAGAAAUGGAACCCUCGCUUACUAAAGCAGAAGCAGCCAUUUUAUUUCAAGCUGAAGAAGAAAUGCAGCUAGAGGGCCCUAAAGAAUUGUGUGAUCUGGAGAAAAUGCCUGCACAGCCUCUGAGUAUGUCUCCAGAAACUCCUAAAGAUUUGUUUGAGAAAAACGAGGAAGAUAUCUUUUCUAGCGAAGACAAAGGCAGAGAUGGUGAUCAUGGUGACAAAAAGGCACUGAAAGAAGAUGCUAUUCGAAGGGAAGAGUAUGUGGACUUCAAACCGUAUGAGCCAAUAUGGGAAAUAAAAGGUGCUGGUCAUGGACUGAGCAGCUUGAGAGAGGAUGUUGGAAGUAAAAUAGAUGGCAAACUGGAAACCAGUUUAGAUGAGAAAUAUGAUGUAGAUAAGCUGACAGUGCUGAAGGAUUAUGAAAGAGACAGUGAAGGCAGUGCUGAAGAUCUGUCUUUCCCGAGUACCCCAGAAGCUGUAAAAGAACCUUCACAGAAUUACAUCACCUGUACUAAAUCUGAAUCCUCUAUAACUCCUGAUGGUAGCAAAGUCAAAUCUAUUUGCCCAGUAGAGGAAGACGCUUCAGAAAAUAGAACUGAUGACGAGAAAAAAAUAGCAGAAAUGAAAGCUCAGAACACAGAACAAGGUGAUUUUAGCUCUCAAGCAGUUGGCAAGCAGGAAGGCCUAGAAGCUGACGAUGCUAAAACAGAUAGCGUAUCAACACCGCUAUCUGACACUGCAGCAAGUAUGCCUGAAGGUCUCACUCCUGAUCUUGUACAAGAAGCUUAUGAAAGUGAAAUGCACGAUGCGGCGUGUACAAAACUUGCUUAUGAAACAAAGAUUGAUUUAGUUCAAACCUCCGAGUCGGUGCAAGAGACUCUGAAACCUGUGACACAACUCUGCCCCUCAUUUGAAGGUUCAGAAGCUGCCCCGUCACCAGUAUUGCCUGAUAUUGUCAUGGAAGCCCCGCUGAGCAGUGGGACAGCUGGUGUGGAAGCAUCUACUGUGCAGCUUGAAACUUCUCAAUUAGGAACAUUUGUUACUACUGCUAGUUACGAGAAUGUAAAAGAAGAGGCUGAGAAACCUCCGCUAUACCAAGAGGCGGUGAAUAUGCCUUUGACACAGGCCCAAGAAGCAAAAGAGGAGCCGACACUUAAAAAACCUGAUCGUGAGAGUAGCACCAGUCCUGAAGAUCUAGAGACUCCAUAUAUAUCUAUUGCAUGUGACUUAAUUAAGGGAACCAAGGUCUCUGGUGAAUCUGCUUCUCCAUCCUUAACAGAUUAUUCCACAACUCCAGUAACAGAACACGUUUCUCAGGAUGUGCCUGAACACAAGGAACUUGUUGAAAAACUGUCUCCGCAGUUUGGAAAAUCUGACUUGUUUAAUCGCCAGGUGAUACCUGACUUCCCUGGGAAAGAAAGUGAAGAUCAGACUCUCAUGUUAAAUAGUAAAUCAGUUGAGAAUAUUGAAACUGCUGAGGAACAGGAACGACCGGUGGAUUCAUUGGCUGCGACUGGUAAGCCCUAUUUGGAGUCUUUCCAAGCUGAACUAGACUCUUCCAAAAUUGUUAGCGCUCAGCCAUCUGAGCCCACACCUGCAAAAAUAGCCAAGGCAGAGAAGAUUCCACUUCAGAUGGAAGAGCUGAACGCUCUGGCUUAUUCAGCUGAUGCAUCUAUUGCUACGGAACCAAAACCAGGAGAUGGCAAAGGUCUCUCACCUAUUGAGUCUUCUCCCGUCUCAGUAGAAGAUGACUUUGUGAUGCUAGUUGAUCCUAAAAUUGGUCCUGGGUUUGUGGCAGAAGUCACUGACAGAGAAACAGUGCUCAAAAACGAAAGCAAAGAGAUCAGUAAUGAGAUCAGAGAUGAGAAGAGGCAGUUGCCUUGCCCAGGGCUGCCCUGUGAUCUGUCUGUAAAGAAUGUAGAAGUGAAAGCUGAAGAAGAUGCUCAUGCCUUGAAAAAGUCCUUGCAGGCUAUGGACAGAGAAGUGCCUGAAGUAUCCAUGGUGUCCUUACCAGCCACAGAUACCUCACCUAUAUCUGCUGAAAAAGAAAUAGUCAGUGUAGGAAAGCCAGAAGCUUUUGAGAAGGAAGCUGAGAGAGGAGCUGCUUCUGCUAAAGAAAAGGAAAAACCUACUGCAGUCUUUUCAGCAAAGCUGAAUAUAUCUUCAGAUACCAUUGUGUUGUUUUAAGUAGAAGAGAGUUAAAGAAAUUCAUUCUAAACUGUACGCAUAAUGGAGUUCCAGCUUCCUAUAGACUGGAGAAGUACUUUUCUUUUUGAUGUUGUGGUACUCUGCUGCUGAACAGAGCUGUACUUCUGUGAUGUGCCUGAAGAUUCUAACAAGACAUAAAUCCAUUAUUAAAAUCAGUUGUCUGCUUUUACUACCAAACUACUCCCAAUUAGCAGGCAGAGUAAUGGAACAAAGAACUAACAGGCAGUUAGUUCUCAGAGUGUCCUUUCACUCUGAGAAAGGACAGAUAAUUCAUCACAGAGCCAAGCAGUGGAUCUGUGCUGCGUGUGUUCUUCUGAGCCUUGCUUUUUUUGUGCUGUCCUCAAAUACUUACUCAUUGGUGCUGCUUGUUGUAAGCCAACCAAAAUGCAAACACACCUCUGUGUACCUGAGAAUGUACCUUCUGACAGCUCCAGAAAGCUGCAGGGAGACAAAAGAAAUGGUUGCGGAUUUAUUUAGUUAUUAAAUACACUCCAUGAUUCCAAUAAAGCAAACAGAGCUUUGAGCAACCUCACUGGCAGGUCUGGGUUUAAUGCUGUAUGGCGGAUACUCAGGUAGCCUGGUGUGUUUCAUGAGGGUGCCAGAGCACAGGGACCUGGUACUUCAUGGUGGCACAGAUGUGGAAAACAAACAAAAAUAAGUUCCGAAUCAGUUUGGGUUUAACUAUGGAGAAACCUGUCCUCAUGCAAGUAGUUCCAACUUACAGCAGUUUCAACAGACCACUUCUUUUUACCUUACAACACCAGCAGCUGCUGCUGUUAAACACUUGCGUGCCAUUUUCAGAGAUCUUGCCAGCUGUGCCUUUUUUCCCAUCCCUUUCUCAUAUAUGCUGUACUUGGCUUCCUAGCAGAUAACCCUGCUGCUUUGCUCUCAUGCCAGCCGGACUUUAAAACCCAUUUCUGGCCUCCAUAAAACUACUGUGUACGAAGGUUGACUUCAGCAUAGGCUUUGUUGUGAUGCUGCACUGUGGCACAGCAGGCAUGGCUCCAGCCUCAGGGUGUGGGCAGGCAGCAGUGACUGUUGGGAGUUGCUUUAAGGCCUGCUUAUAAAAGAGGAUUUGGAUGCCAUCUAGUGCUCGGAAAUGAGCACUGACUCAAGUGAAACAUGGCUUUCAAAGAACGAUAUCCAAGGUUUUGGGAGAUCUUGAUUUAACGUUCCCAGAAGGUAAAUGGGUUACAUAUCUUGCUCCUUUUGUUGUACAGACUUGCUUCACUCACAGUACCUUCUUUACUUGUGCAUAGAGAUCAUUAGUUCUCACAAAUAGGGCAGAAAGCCAUCUUGCCAUAAGCUUAUUUUAGCAGAUGGAGGUUUUCAUGUUACCGGCUUACAAACUCAGAGUUCGUUGCGGGGUCCCCCAAACUGAUAUUUCUCAUCAUGAUGUCAAGUUGUAUGCUGUGCUGUAACCACACAGGCGGUUUUAAGUUACUCCAGAUAUUCAUGCUGAACAGUGCAGGAAGCUGAAAAAUGGUUUUGGGUUUUGCAAGAAACCCAUUUAAUGGUGCUUCUGAAGAUCAGUCUCUGUUGACAUUUGUUUCUGAAUGUGCUGGGGUCAAGUUUCAGCCGCAGAGGCUAACGCACAUCUCAUGUAGGCUACAGAGCACUCAGUACUUGAAUUACAGAAACACAGAGAUGUGCAUGAUACCUUAUUUCCCAGAUUUUCCUGAGGGGGCAGAUGCAAAGGUGAAUUCAUAGUGGGUAGUGUCCUUUGAGAGAGCAGCUGAGCCCUAUUCAUGUUGGAGCUUUUUCUUAGCUCCAGUGGUCUUAGAAGCAGAAGUAAAGCACUUCCUAUCAUUCUGUAACAGCAAACCAGGAUGUUGUGGUUAUACGAAGUAUAAAAUGCAUCCAUUUGGUUCAUUCCUGGUUCUUUCCAUAUUGAAAAAAUGGUUGGUUAAGUAGAACUGCACAGCCAGCGAGAAGUGCUGUGUUUUUGUUUGUGUUUCACUGAGGGAAAAAUAGCCUGGAAUGAUGCUGGGCAAUUUCCAUAAAGAACGUAGUAUUUAUAAAAUACCAUUUAAUUCAACACGGAAUCUUGAUUUAAUUACAUUUGAUUUUAUUCUCAAAUUGCAUGUCUGCUCGGGUCUUCUUUUAUGCUACUAACUAAUAAAUGGAGACUUAUAUUCCAGUGUUGGGAAUAUCUGAAGGAGUAGGAGGCAUUAAAGGAGUCACUUGGAGCAAAAUCUCCCUGGGGGAAAGAUGUGUUGUUCCAUUGGAGCCCUGCUGUUGACAGGCUUUGGGCGUAGUUCAGACCGCAAACAGCAAAUGAGGCCUAUUGGGUGUGUAAGAAUUGUGGAGAGAAUUGAGUGCUUGUGGUUAUCAGCUUUGGCAGAAACACUGAUAGGCAACUGGCAUUGGGUGAGACCAGAGCUGGUUCUCAUCCAGAACCUUCCUCCAAGGCAGGAGAGCUCCAGCCAGCUGCUAAUGGAAAGUCAGUGGGUAAGGCCUGCUCCCUGCAGGUGUGCAGCCCCUCAGAAGAGCGGUGCCUUCAGGAUAGAAUAGUUAUGAACUUGGCUGCAUCGCUUUUGGUUGUCUGGGUCACUUGAUAGUAUCACUGUGCACGUAGCCCUUUGGAAGCUUUAUCUUAAUGCUGGUACAGAAACAUCUGUGUUUCCGUAAUGACACGAUAAAGCUCACAUGGAAGUUUGUUGGCACUCCACCAGCACUCGGUUUUCAUGUAGAAUAGCAUGACGUGGGGGGGCUGUCUGAAAGAAGAUGGAUACAGGUUUCAUUUGGGAUCAUUUGCUUGGGGUGGUAGGAAGGGAGACUGGACGUGCAAAGGGUGAAGAGAAGAAUCUUGAGGAUGGAGAAAUUCCUGCUGGUGGAGCUGGUGCUGGUGGGAGAUGGGCUGGUAACCCAUCUAAACUGCCUUCAGUUGCGUAUCUAUGGCAGUAUGGAAAGUUAGUGGGAAGGACUUGCUGAAGGCAUACAAUUUAUUAUUGAUUUGGUGGCAGUGCAAUCAUCCAAAGGGUGAGGGGAGAAGCACAGGGUUUGUUGGCUUCGUGUUGUUCAGAAUUACAGGUCGGGGCAGGUGGUGAUUUUCAGACACGUUUGGUGCUUCCAUGCAGUGCAGCUCAAUGAGUUUCCUUGCUCUGCAACGUUUGAGCCUUUCCACCCCAUGGUCCAUGUUCUGAUUUGCGUGUCAAAACCGAAUGGAAUCUGCAUCUUUAUAUAAACUAACGUGUCGGGGUUUUAAGAAGCUUUAGAGCGCUGCUGGGAGCUGUUAGCAUUUUUUUUAUUUUUAUUUUUUUGCCAGUCCCAGGUAGGAAAGAGAAGACUCUUUUUAAGAGACUAACAUCAAAGAGCAGUCACAAAUUUUUCUGCAAAAGCGGAAAAUAGAUUGGCAUGGUUCUCACAGCUCUUGUAGGCUUUGAGUUUCUGGUUUUGUCUCAGGCCUGUCCAGUGUUUUUUGUAAGUUGGUUCUUAAAGGCUAGCCAUAUAAAUGGGUUGUUUUUGUUUCUGUUGAAGUGAAGAGAGAACUGUCAGAUUUGCAGCUGGCACCGUGGGGUGCUGAUAUAAAAUACAAAGGGAGGCGUUGGCUGCAGGAAAGGGGUAGUGUGCAAGAUAACCAUUCUCAAUCUCCGCUCCUUUAAAACGAAUAAAUGCGGCCCAGCAGCACGACAGGAUGCUGUAUACCAUCAGAAAAAUGUCUUUAGCCCUUAUUUGAAAAGCAGUCUGCUGCAGGCUGCCGGGCGAGCUGCUGCUCUGAGCCCCCUCCCAGCAAAUGGCUGCGGCGGCGGUGCAGCCGCGUGUCGGCACAGCAGCAGGCUGCCUCCAGCCGGCACUGCGUCAGCUCCACGCCCCGCGCCGUCAGCUGACCGCCUCCUGCAGCACCAGUGCAGCAGCGGCUGCAGACGCGGCCGAGGAAGCCCAUGUUUGCCAUCCCGGGCUGUAGAUUUCUCCUCUUGCAGCUGUCCUAUUGGUAUGCAUAAUUGAUAACCGCAGCUGGAGGGUAGACCGCGUGUGGAGAGAU